UAUACACGGGGACAGGAAGCGUUUCAUUGUGCAAGCUGUCAGCUGAUCAGGCGACUAUCGAAAAGUAAUGCACUGACAGAUCACGCUAACAAUUUAUUGAAUAAGGAUAUACAUGUAGCUAGUUAAUAGCAACGACUCGGUCCUAUCUGCUGUUUAAAUACCGUCGAAUUAUGUCCCGGAUCGUACUCUGUCUCCAGGUUUUUUCUUCAGUCUGUUUUCUGCUUUUAUUGUCAUCACGAACAACAAACGCCAAGAAUUCUGAAGAUAUCAGGUGUAAAUGCAUUUGCCCACCUUACAAAGAUGUGUUGGGACAGAUCUACAAUCAAAACGUGUCACUGAAGGACUGUAACUGCCUGCACGUGGUGGAGCCCAUGCCAGUGGAAGGCAAGGAUGUGGAGGCUUACUGUCUGCGGUGCGAGUGCAAAUACGAGGAGAGAAGCUCCAGCACAAUUAAAGUGACCAUCAUCAUCUACCUGUCCAUCCUGGGCCUGCUCCUCCUCUACAUGGUGUACCUGACCCUGCUGGAGCCCGUGCUCAAGAGGCGGCUGUUCGGACACUCGCAGCUCAUCCAGAGCGAUGACGACGUAGGGGACCAGCAGCCCUUCGCCAAUGCACAUGACGUGCUUUCACGGUCGCGGUCACGGUCCAACAUGCUGAACAAAGUGGAGCACGCGCAGCAGCGCUGGAAACGGCAGGUGCAGGAGCAGCGCAAGUCCGUGUUCGACCGGCACGUGGUGCUCAGCUAAGCCCCGCCCCACUGCCCACUGCCCCCGGCCUGCCCGAGUCCCUCCAGAGAAGCGACAUCACUGUGACCGGGUCUUUCCUGCCCCUCCCCCCGACCGCCGUUUACCUCCCAGUCUGAAAUCCUCAUGAGUGUUUUUUUUUUUACAUCUUGAUCUUUACUGUUUAUGUAGAGAACAUGUAUGUACAGUGCAGUGUGUGACAGGUGUUCCCCAGUAAUGUGUUAUGAGUUUAUUCUCCUCAGUUUGUAGUUUAGCACUCCAAAGUUCAAAGUUCAAGCCUCAUACACAGAUGUACAUUAUGGGGGACGUUGGCAGGGGGAGGGGGGGGUUUGUCCCUCUCACUUCUUGGGGAAAAUAAUUUGUUCCCCAGUUUUGAUGAGUGACAAAGUGCAUUCCAGCAUCCCCGACCACCAAGUAACAGUCACGCGCACACACGCACACACACUUUUAAAUUCAGACCCAUGCCACUGCUCUAAUGAAGUGCGUUUGCGUUUGGUUUUUCAGUUUUUGAAAUUUGUGAGCGUUUGGCCAAAAUUUGAUCUCGGCAGGACUUGUAUGGCCCCACAAAAUGGGAGAAUUCAGUCCCUCCAGCUUGAAUAGAUCAAGGGUGUUUACAUACUUUACGGAUCGUUUUUCGCAUAAUGGAGUGAACGCCCGUGUUUUCCCAUGCAGUCUGUGAAAACGGUACUACCAACACCAGACCCGGACUGGAGCACUGCUCAGUUUGAGCAGACGUCAGUGUGCACAAGUCUAGCAUCUGCAGUAUUUUGUGGAUGUCUUGAGUGCUUGUAAAAAAAAAAAAAAAAAUAAUAAUAAUAUUCCAAGCAUCUACACUCCAUUUUCCCCAAAACGUGAUGUUGAAUCUAUGAAUUAAAUGUACUAUAUCUUUUUGCGGAUAUGCUUGCAUGCGCAGGAGUUAUUGUAGAAAAUUAACUUUAACUUAAAGAUGUACAGUAUUUGAAUAACAUUUUGCCAAGUAAUCUGAUAUCAGUCCGGAUGGUGUCAUGACUUCCUGUGUCUCGUUCACACUCAAUGACUGUUUGGAUGGUUUCGAGUCAGUAAGUAAAUAUUUCUUCUCGUUCUCAAUGUUACGGAUGCUGUAUACAAUAAACCCGGUGAUGAAACUACUGAAAAAUACAUGUGGACAAUGCAUUAACAAUAUUUAUAAUCUAUUUGUGAUCUCUCACUGGGGCAGCUUAAUGUGUGAAUGAUCCAAAAAGUGAUUUCCUGUUUGAUCUGUUGUGUUUACCUAUACAGGAUUCAUUAACUGCACUUUGUAAAAAUCCUUUUAUUUGAUUUCGUUGUUCAUAUGUAAAAUGAGCACAAGUGUUUUCCCCGACUAUUAAGGUUACGUUCGGAAACAAUAUUUUUCUGACCGAAAUGUUACUAAACAUUAAGAUUAAUCAGCACGGCAUAAUCAUUAAAGUUAACACUACCAUAGCAUGCCAAUACCUGUCAUUAUCAUCCAGGCUCUUUCUGUAGGCGGUUUUGCAGUCAGUGCAGGGGUGUCUAAUCUUAUCUGAAAAAGCGCCCGUGCAGGUGGUGUUUUAGCCUAGCACUAAGACACCUGAUUCUGCUUAUCAAGGCCUUCACUGAAGACCAUGAUUAGUUAAUUAGUUAAGUGAGUUAGGCUGGGCUAAAACAAAAACCUGCACCAACAUCAGCCCAUUUCAGAUUAGAUUGGACACCCUUUGGUGGAUUAGAAAGGAAGAGGAAAUUCUGAUAAAUGUAGCUGUUAACACUCAUCCUGAGAGAUCCGAAUUAAAAUGUAACUUGGUUCUUGUAUCAUUUCUGUGAUACCCUCUAAUUUGAAAUUAAAUUGUGUUGUACAAAGAA